AUGGGUCGCCACGUCUCACAGGCGCAGCGGGACGCGGACAAGGAGGCGAAACGCAGGCGGGACACGGGCAGGGCGAGGGCCCUGGAAGCAUUGAAUGACCUUUUGGCUCAGCAUCCGGAUCGGGAAUGCAUGCUGCUCGUCCGGUUGAGCGGCAGCUCAGCGUCAGCCGUGCGCAGGCUGCUCGAAUUGGUGCAGCAGCACGUUGUGGGGGGCGUCGCGACAGGGGUUAUAGAGGACGGAGGGCCGACCCGCAGCUGCACCUACGCAGCAUGGGUGGUCAUCUGGCAGGGGCAGCAGUCCGCCGUGCCCUCGGAGCGCGGCAGGACAGCAGCCGGGACCCUGCACCCUUUCCACAUAGCGUGGCAGGACGACCUCCACCUGGAAGCCGAGCGUAUGUGCAGGCUGGGGCACGAGCCAGGGCGCCGGAUCGUCCUGGCCGAUUGGUCACCUCAC